GCGUCGAGGCUGCACCAAGCCGGAGGGAUGGAGCCAGCGUGCGCGUACGGCGCCGGGAAGGCCGGGAGCGUCUCCUUCGACCCGGUCGCCUUCUUCACGCACCCCCGGACCGUCCUCAGGCUGAUGUCGUGGGUUUUCUCCUUGGUGGUGUUCGCCUGCAUCGUGAACGAGGGCUACAUCAACAUCGGCAGCGAGCGUUUACUCUGCGUCUUCAACAACAACGCAGACGCCUGUAACUAUGGCGUCACCUUGGGCGUGGCCUGUUUCCUCGGCAGCAUCUUUUUCAUGGUUCUGGACUUUUACUUUCCCUCCAUCAGCAACGUCAAAGACAGGAGACGGGCUGUCCUGUUGGACCUCAUCUUCUCUGGUCUCGCCAGCUUCCUGUGGUUCGUUGGCUUCUGUUUUCUGGCCAAUCAGUGGCAGGCGACCUCUCCAGACGAGCUGCCAUUGGCCCAGGGCUCCGACGCCGCCAGAGCCACCAUCGCCUUCUGCUUCUUCUCCAUCCUGACCUGGGCUGUACUGACGCUGAGCGCACUGCGCCGCUUCUUAACCGGCAGCAGCACGAACUUGUUCACAUGGCAACACCUGGAUCCUCCGCCCGGCAACGCCCGAGCAACGCCGUACCCCAUCGCCAACGGAGCCACCAUCGUAACCACCAACCCCUACCAGGCCCCGCCCUUCACCGAAACCCUGGACCCCCAGAAACUCACACAGCAGAGACCCAUGGCCCCCGCCUUCUAGAGACAAACAGACAGACAGACAGGCAGACAGACAGACAGACAGGUGUGUGAGCGGGAGCGCCACUGCACACAACGCGGGAACAGACGACUUCCUGUUUCGCUGAUUAGUGGCUUUCCAUCCUCUCCUGGGAUUGGACGAAUUUUGGGUCAUGUGAUGAUGAUGUGUGAUCUAUUUUCACUCUGGCAACUGCUGGCUCAGCUUAGUUAGUCGUACCUCUCUGUGUCAAGAAUACCGUCUUCUUCUGUUCAUGCACACACACACACACACACACACACACACACACACAUUCUUGUACUUCUAUCUUUGUGGGGACCCUCAUUGGAAUAGUGAAUUCCCUUGCAAGGUUAUGAUAGUUUUGAAUUUUUAAUUUCGUUGUGAAUUUUUGUUUUCAAAUUCAGUUAGUUUUAAGUAGUUUUUAGAGUGAGUUUGGUAGUUUUAGUUUAGUGUUUGUUUGUUUUUUGAAAUGCUUUAGUUUUAGUUUCGUUUUUAUUAGUUUUAGUGUUAGUUUUAGUUUAGUUUUUACUAGUUUUAGUUUUUUUGUAACGGGGUAUUUGUUGGGUGGGAGAUUAAAAGAGGUCAUAAUAAAUGUUGCUUUUAUUUCCUUUAGUCUUAUCAAUCUUCAUUAUGUAUGAAAAAAGUUGAAAAAGACGAAAACGAAGGACAAUUUCACUAUAAUUUUAGUUAGUUUUGUAACCACACAAUACAGUUUCAGUUAAUUAUCAUUAUCAUGUAACCUUUAACCCUUAAAACAAAGUCUGGAAUCUAAAAAAAAAAAGCCUUUAAAGAAGUGAGGACUGGCCAAAAUGUCCUCACUUUGCAAAAAUGUCCUCACUCUGUUGGUUAAAAAUGUGUUCUGGUCCUCACUAUGUAGGAAAUACAAGAACACACACACACACACACACACACACACAGAUGUCGAUGCACGCUAACACAGCUGUACUCACUCACACCUGGCACCUGGAUACAUAUAUUCUGUCUGUACACCUGGAAACACACACACACACACACAUAUAUAUAUAAAUUAACACUCCUGUAGUCUCACACACACACACACACACACACCCUGACUGCAUGUUCAUACGUUGAGGUGCAGAUUAAAAUAGAUGUAGAUCAGUGAUGAUGCUUCAUCUGCCUUAUAAAGGGAUACAAGGUCUUUUGUGAAGGAAAUAUGGAGGACAGUGAAGCCCCGUUUAUCUGCUCAGUCAGUCUGACCAAUCACAAGCUGCCCUGCAGACAUGUGGCCCUCUGAUUGGCUGAGACUGAGACAGACAGGCAGCUUGACCAAUAGAAACAGGGUGAGGGGUGGCAGAAAUUGGUACAUUUUCUUGGCAAGAAAAUAAAGGCAGGACAGCUUAAUGCAUUCUGAAUGCUAUAUUGUUUCAGUGUGAAAUAUUCAUGUGAUUAAAUAUUUUAUUGUGAUAUGCUGAAGUGGUAAAAUGAAAUAUGAAAAAUAAAAUCUAUCCACCACCGCUA